ACAAAUCGUCUUAAAAGUAGCCAGCCUUGAUGACAGCGUUCCACACUCUUGGCAUUCUCUCAACCAGCUUCACAAGUCAUCAAGGCAAAGGGUGGCUACUUUGAAGAAUCUCACAGAUAAAAUAUAUUUGGAUUUGUUUUACACUUUUUUGGUUACUGCAUGGUUCCAUGUGUGUUUUUUUUAAAGUUUUGAAGUCUUCACUAAUAUUCUACAAUGUAGAAAAUAGUAACAAUUUAAAAAACAUGCUUGGAUCAUCGGAUUGUCACUAGAUCAUCGGAAUGUCAUUCUAGAUCAUCGGAUUGUCAUUCUAGAUCAUCGGAUUGUCAUUCUAGAUCAUCGGAAUGUCAAUCUAGAUCAUCGGAAUGUCAUUCUAGAUCAUCGGAUUGUCAUUCUAGAUCAUCGGAUUGUCAUUCUAGAUCAUCGGAAUGUCAUUCUAGAUCAUCGGAUUGUCGUUCUAGAUCAUCUGAUUUUCAUUCUAGAUCAUCUGAUUGUUAUUCUAGAUUCUAGAAUGUGUAGAAUUGCAGGAAGUAAUUUUUUGGGGUUAGGGUAGGGCGAACCCGCCAGCAGAUUUCUGUCUACGCUGCUGGUUUGGGUGAGUUUGUUUUGGACUAGCCUGAGCAUCAAACUGGAAGGACUGAGUUUGUUUUAAGGGCUGGGUAACCAGUGUGUGUAAGCUGAUUAUCAGUAGCCAGGCUAAUUUGAGCGUUAAGCCUGAUGGGCCAUAUGCUAAUCAGCACCCUGAGUCUCCUCCCCCUCAGCCAGACACUCACCUGUUCCUCCCCAGUUACCAUCACAGCUGAUCUGUUUCAGAUUAAUCUACUAUCCCUCUCUCUGAGGGGGGAGGGGUGUUGUUGAGUUCUGAGUUGGCAUGACGAUCUGACACCCUGCCGUCCAGAGCCUUCUGUCCGUUUCCACGGUGACCUGAUCCCAUUCCGCUAUUCUGUUCUCCGAGUUCCGGACCUGUGGAACACCGACUGGAUUACCGUUGUAAACACACACGGAGUGUGUUCAGAGAGAGGAGAGAUCUGGGAACGCAGUGAGGAUGCCGGUGCAGCUGAUCUCCGUGGUCCCCGCUCGGGAGAUGGCCAAUAACGGCCGGAGCGCCCCUCGCUCCAAAGACAAGACCGAGAGUACUAAAGGUCCAGGUCGGUCAGGUAGUCGAUCCAGCAACAUCUUGAAGGCCAGCAGUUCUACGACCGGAUUGGCUCCUGGCAGUGUUUCCAGGACAACUCCCUCCUCUAAGGACAUCUGCAGGCCAGUGCUGCUGGGUCGUGUAGAGGAAGGUUGUGACACAGCAGUGAUGAAGCUGAGCAGCGCUGCAUUAGGCUCCUCCCAGACCGCGUUAGGCUCCUCCCAGCAGGGCCAAACCAGGAAGAAGAAGAAACCAAACAGGAAGAGAGACUCCUGCUCCGCCCCCGACGCCCCAGCGACCGCACAAGAUGACCCGGUCCAACACAGUGACAACCGCAGUGACCGCAGCUCUGACCGUAUCGGAGAGAGGAGGGAGAGAAGAGGGGAGAGGAGGAGGGAGAGGAGAGGGGAACACCCCCGCCACCGUAGCGCCGCCCCUCCUGAAUCUGAUUCGUCGUCUGACGGGGAGGCGGAGCGGGAGGCCAGAAGCUGGAGCAGGGAGAAAGCCAAGCGGGGGCGACGGCGCAGUGGGGGUAGCAGGGAGAGGGGAGGGGGGCUGCAGUCUGUAGGGUCUGACGAGGGGAAGGAGAACCAAGAGAAAGAGGUUCCGCUGGAGAACGGUUCCGGAGUGAAGAACCGGCGAUCAGGAGGAGGCGGGGAGGAGAGCAGGCGGAGCUCCCAGCGCAGGGAGGGGGCGGGGUCUCAGGUCCGUAGCCCGGGCGGUAGCUCAUCAUUGGCUGAGGAUGGAGAGAGGGAGGGGCAGAUCACGAAGAAUUACGCGGAGACCGGGUCAGUGGGUGGAGACAUGUCUGCUCUGUCGCCACGGAGAUAUGGGGGCUGCAACGCCCCUGAAGGCUGCUCCGAUGACGAGCCAGAGGUCUGCAGGAUCUGCCACUGUGAAGGAGAUGAGGAGUGUGUGUUGAUCACCCCGUGCCGCUGUACAGGCAGCAUGAGGUUUGUUCAUCAGGACUGUCUCAACCAGUGGAUCAAGUCAUCGGACACACACUGCUGUGAGCUCUGCCAAUACAACUUCAUUAUGGAGGCUCACCUUAAACCUCUACGUAAGUGGGAGAAUCUCCAGAUGUCGACCAAUGAGAGGAGGAAGGUCCUAUGUUCCGUGAUGUUCCACCUGGUGGCCAUUGGUUGUGUUCUCUCGUCCGUAUUCGUCCUCGUCAACAGAACCCUCCACGAGAUCAAUCUGGGACGCAACAUGGAUGACAUGUGGAGAAUAUCAGUGAUGAAGUACUACACUGCUGAGGGUGUGUUGGAGUGGCCGUUCUGGAUGAAGCUGGUCAUCGUGGCGAUAGGCAUGUCAGGCGGACUGGUGUUCAUGUACAUCCAGUGUAAAGUGUACUGGUUGCUAUGGAGACGACUCAAAGCCUUCAAUCGCAUCAUCACUGUGCAGAACUGCCCCGAGAAGCCGCCGCCCACCAACGCCGCGCUGGCCAAUGGGAAUCACCCUGAGACCGUGGAGAUCCCGAUAGGCCCCGCCCCCGAGGUCAUCCAGAUGGACUCCGACCUCUCGGAGGAAAACCCCGUCUGACACACACAACACACACACACAGACGAGCUCAAACACUAUACACACACACACACAUAUACGAGCUCAAACACUAUACACACACACAACACACAGAUACACAGACAUAUAUACACACACACACACAAGCUCAAACACUAUACACGCACACAACACAGACACACACACACAGACGAGCUCAAACACUAUACACACACACACACACAAGCUCAAACACUAUACACACACACACACACACACAAGCUCAAACACUAUACACACACACAACACACAGACAUAUACACACACACACACACAGCUCUUGGUAAUGCACCCUCCCUAUAGCCUAUCAGAGCCCAGCACACCAAAGAGUCACAAUGUGACGUAGCCAAUUAGAGCGUCUGUUAUAGAAGCAGCUGUAGAUUAGCCAAUCAGAGCGUCUGUUAUAGAAGCAGCUGUAGAUUAGCCAAUCAGAGUGUCUGUUAUAGAAGCAGCUGUAGAUUAGCCAAUCAGAGCGUCUUAUACUCUCUCAGUAUUAAAUAUAAACAGCCUGAGAAGUAACUGAUGCGUAGAACCAAGUGUUGAAGGGCUGGAACAAAACCCUGCACACCUUGCAGCUCUCCAGGAGGGGGGUCAUACAUCAUCAUAUAUUUAUUUAUGUAUUUACUCUCUCUGAUGGACAGGAUAGAACUCUGAAUAGAAAUACUGUGUGGUAUUAAAGGUCCCAGUCUGUGACUAAUGAUGUCUACAGGUCUAUCUGAAGAGCUGUCUGUCUGCCUGUCUUUCUGUCUGUCUGUCUGUCUGUCUGCCUGCCUGUCUGUCACUAUGAUGUCUAGAAGUCUAUCUGUCUGUCUGUCACUAUGAUGUCUAGAAGUCUAUCUGAAGAGCUGUCUGUCUGUCUGUCUGUCUGUCUGCCUGCCUGUCUGUCACUAUGAUGUCUAGAAGUCUAUCUGUCUGUCUGUCACUAUGAUGUCUAGAAGUCUAUCUGAAGAGCUGUCUGUCUGUCUGUCUGUCACUAUGAUGUCUAGAAGUCUAUCUGAAGAGGUCCCUGUCUGUCUGUCUCUAGAAGUCACCAUUACAACCAAAAAUAUCCUAUUCUAUCCUGAACUAAAAUAUGAAAUGCAACAUGUGAUGUUCCCAUGUUUCAUGAGCUGAAAUAAAAGAUCCCAGAAAUGUUCUAUAAGCACAAAAAGAUUAUUCCUCUCAAACUUUGUGCUCUAAUGUGUUUACAUCCCUGUUAGUGAGCAUUUCCCCUUUGCCAAAAUAAUCCAUCCAGUUGACAGGUGUGGAAUAUCAAGAAGCUGAUUAAACAGCAUGAUCAUUACACAGGUGCACCUUGUGCUGGGGACAAUAAAAGGCCACUCUAAAAUGUGCAGUUUUGUAACACAAUGCAAUGCCACAGAUGUCUCAGGUUCAGGGACUGCAGGAAUGUCCUCCAGGGCCGUUGCCAAAUGAUUGCAUGUUCAUUUCUCUACCAUAAGCCGUCUCCAACGUUGCUUUAGAGAAUUUGGCAGUACGUCCAACCGGCCUCACAACCUCAGACUAUGUGUAUGGCGUCGUGUGGGCGAGCGGUUUGCUGAUGUCAACGUUGUGAACAGAGUGCCCCAUGGUGGAGGUGGGGUUAUGGUAUGGGGCAGGCAUAAGCUACGUACAACGAACACAAUUGCAUUUUAUCAAUGGCAAUUUGAAUGCACAGAGAGACCGUGGCGAGAUCCUGAGGUCCAUUGUUGUGCUAUUCAUCACCUCAUGUUUCA